CGCAUAAAUGAUUGUGGUUUAAAUUGUGUGUUUACAUUCGUCGAGAGAGCUUAUGUGGGCUGACUCGAAUACAACCAGCUGCAGUGAAGAACGGCGGCAACCGAUUUAUGGAACGACAGACGGUUAGGCUUUAAAGUGAAUAGUGAUUCACUUUUUUAUUUCGAUUGUUCUGGUUGACAGACGGCACAUUCCGAGCGCUAUCUGUCAGAACGUUUUGCCGUGCCAGGUAAAAUAACCAGCUACAUAGGCUCUCGUAGCUCGACAACGUUCUACUAUAAUAAUAGCAGCUGCCACGACAGCUAAACAUCGUCUACUUGUUCGACAACAACAAGAUAUGGCAUUUAAGUAGCGUUCAAGUAAUACUUGUGCUAAGGUAAAUUGUUUGUAGAGAAGUAUCUCGUAUUAAAAUAAUGGCUGUCUGGCUACAUAUAUUGUCAUGUAUAGCAUUAAUCCUGGUAUUUAAUCAGACUAUAGUAGCGACAAAUGUGACGAACUCUGACGAUGGGUGUCAACUGAAUACAAAGUGCCAUGCAGGAAUCGUUCUACCGACUUGGGGAGAUCCUGAUGCCGAUGUAUCGACUGGCAUAAGAGUCGCCAGGGCGUUUGUUUACUGUGUCCUACUUAUGUAUUUUUUUCUCGGCGUUUCAAUCAUCGCUGAUCGUUUUAUGGCAUCAAUCGAAAUAAUUACGUCAAAAGAGAAGGAUAUCACAAUUACGGACAAGAAAACGGGCAAGCUACGCGUAGUUACGGUGAAAAUAUGGAACGAAACUGUCUCGAAUUUAACGCUCAUGGCCCUUGGCUCGUCAGCGCCGGAGAUAUUGCUGACUGUCAUUGAAGUGUGCGGCAAAAAUUUCGAAGCAGGCGAACUUGGACCGUCGACAAUUGUUGGCUCGGCAGCGUUUAAUUUAUUCGUGAUUAUUGCGAUCUGCGUAUAUUCAAUACCGUGUGAUGACCAUCGACAGAUCAAGCAUAUUCAAGUUUUUGCAGUCACAGCUACAUGCUCGCUAUUCGCUUAUGUUUGGUUAUAUAUUAUAGUAGCUGUGAGCUCGCCAAACGUUGUGAGCAUCUGGGAAGGCUUACUGACAUUUGCGUUCUUCCCUCUGUUAGUUAUUCUUGCUUGGGCUGCCGAUCGUAAAUUCAGUUUCUACCGUUAUCUAAGGAAAAGAGUUCGCAGGCAAAAGCGACAGGGUGUUGUCGUCGUGCAAACCGGCGACUACGAUGUCGUUGCAGUGAAAACAAAAGACGGGUACAGUCGGAACACUGAACUUGACGGAAAACCUUACGAUCUGGAAAACGGAGACGUUAACGCGGAUUUAGACGAAGAAUCGGAACUUUUGAGUCAUGACUUGACCGAAGAACGGCGUUUGAAAGCCAUUAAUGUCGUACGAGAAAUUCGACAGAAGAAUCCCAAUGCAGAUAAGGAGACAAUUGAUCGGAUAUUGGAGCAAGAGAAUCUAAAAGCGCAGCCGAAAAGUCGUGCAUUUUACCGCAUCGAGGCGACACGCAAAAUGGUCGGUAGCGGCAGUGUUCUGAAAGCCAAGCAUGACAAAUUAGAGCAAGCAGCACAUUCUAUUGCAGAUGUCGACGUAGAAAUGAACGAGCUCGAAGACCUAGAAAAGCAACAUGUAGUACACAUAUUUUUCGACCCUCCGCAUUACACAUGUAUGGAAAGUUGUGGCAGCUUGUUGCUCACCGUUAUACGCGCGGGUGGCGACGUGGACAAUACAGUAUAUGUGGAUUUCAAAACCGAAGAUGGCACCGCAAAAUCUGGCGAGGAUUACGAACGCACCGAAGGGACGUUGUGCUUCAAACCCGGUGAAACAGUGAAAACCAUAUCAGUGACAAUCAUAGAUGAUGAUAUAUUUGAAGAAGAUGAACAUUUUACCGUGCGGUUGAGUAACAUUCGUCUCGCAGGGUCAGAUGGAAAGCCUGAGAGUUACAACGGACCAGCAGGGGUUCUUGGCCCUAACUCCACAGCUGAGAUUGUGAUCCUUGAUGAUGAUUACCCUGGGGUAUUCACAUUCGAGAAGGGGAACAAAAGCGUACCCGAAGCUGAUAGGGUGGUGGCCCUUACUGUGAUCAGACAACAAGGGGCGAGGGGGAUUGUUCGAGUGCCAUACCAUACCAUCGAGGGGACGGCCAAGGGUGGCGGGGAGGCAUUCGAAGAUGCUGUUGGAGAGCUGGAAUUUGACAACGAGGAAUAUAGGUAUGAAUAGAUUUCCAAUUUUCUGCACUUAUUUGUAGUCUCCUAAUCAUAUCAUGCGUUUUCAAAUAUACUGAGAUCUUUUUCAGCUGUACUGGUAAAUUUGCAAUAUUGUUCCUCAUUUUCCAAUUCACUCACUUUUGACAGUAUGCCAUCUCUCAUUUUUUUUAAUUGAAAACAAGAAAUGCAGUGCUAACUGUGCUAGCUGACAAAAUAUAGAUUACAAAUUUGUACAGCUAAACAUCCAAUGACAUUAUAUUAUCCAUGUUUAAGUCUGUAAUAUUUUUGGUUUUUUAUUUCAAACUAUGUUGUCUGUAGUACUUUUUGACAGAAUGUAGAAUUUACGCCCCCUCGCUUUUCACACCGCUAAGCUCAAAAGGCGUUAAAUUUUCAGAAUCAUUGUUUUGAAUUCGACUACAGUGUAUAUUCCAUCAAUUUUAUAAUUUUUAAUCCAAACUACAGUACUGAGUAAGCAAAUCGUAACGUUUUGUCAAAAUGUAGAGUUAAAUCGUGAUGGAAAUAUGUUCAGAUAAGUCUUGAUUUUGUCCCCUUACGUUGCAUCGAGAAUAGUCGAGUAGUUAAAUUUUACCGCUUGAUAUAUAUAUAUCAAUGGCUAUUAAUUCGCGACUAUUCUUUAAAAAAAAUAUUGCCCAGUUCUAAUUUGAGGUUAGGGAAAGGGCGUGUUGCAAUUAAAAUGUAUAUGCCUUGUUGUUCAUAACUUUUAUGUACACAACGACAACGUGAACCAUCGUUCUAAAAUCUACUAUGGGUCUAUAUUUUUUGGACUCGAUAAAUUUAUUCGCUUGAUUGCCCUUGUACUGUGCUUGUACUGAUUGUUUACCUCGGAAUGCAAAUUUUCUAAGUGCGUUGGCGACCGGAACUGUUUUUUGAAAAGUGAAAUAAUUCUCCCGUGAAUAAUGCUAUUUCAAACAAUUUUGCUGCCAUAUUUGUACCUUUAUGAGCGUUUUAUUUGUUAUACGUUUUUAAAUCCAGUGGAAAACAAUUUUUCUGUUAGUUUUAACAAUACUUGACACGUUUGCGGCAAAAAACAUCUGUCGUAUACGUGUCUAAUUUUAGCGGCGAUAAAGCAGCGAAUUUCAGUCGAGAAUAUCUCGCCUAUCGCCUCGGUUUGCAUUGACCAUUGUACCUAUUAUAUUUACAAGCAUGAAUGUACAAAAUCCAAAAUGAACAGACCGCAGAAUUUCGCCGAAGGUGCGGUUAUAUUGUUGCACGCAUCAUACCAAGCAGUUUUUAUAGUCAAAAUCUAAAUUAUUAUACUCGCUUGGAUAAAUAAAUGUAUAGCUCGUCAUUGCUUUGUCAUGCUGUUUAAGAAAUAACGGCGAAAAUACGGAUAAAUUUCAAUUGUUUUUGGCGUGUUUCAUUAAUUUCGCUUUUAUUUAAUAUUGAACAGAAAAGUCGAGAAAUCAAAACGAGUUUGAAUUACCUCAAUUGUCGUUUAUCGGAAGCGUCAAUACAAUAACCAAAAGCAUUCCCUAAAAACUUCCGUUGCCUGGGAAUUUCAACAGAUGUGCUGAGAACGCGCUUGACUUUUUGAGGCAUUUUUAAGUUGAUUCAUUAUAUAUGCCGCCAAACGAGCUCGAUUUUCAAAAGAAAGUGAUUUUAAUUAUUGAUACGAUCUGACACGUUGGCCUUUGAAUCUGUUUUCGGUUUUGAAAAAAGUCCAUGUACUUCGAAACCUGCUUUAUAAAAUUCGAGGGCUCAUUUGUAAUAUUUUGAGGUUAAUUUUGGUCAGUGUUUAAUCAAUUAUUUGACAGACACAACAUGGCAAAACAUUCUGUCCACUGAAAAAUAUUGUGGCAAAUUAUUAAGAAUUGCAAAUUUUAUAGAAUGCGCUGGGACAGAACACUUUUAAUCAAGUAAAUGAUGUGAAACCAUGAAUGCUAAAUGAUGUUUAUUAUUUUUCAACAUCAAAACAUUUGCAGAAGCGCUAAUGCAAUUUAUUUUCACAAUUGGAUUUAGCUUUUAUAUAAUAAAUAGUUUUUAGAGAUAUUCACAUAACUUUUUGAACACCAUGUGACAUGUAUUGUGAUUUGUGUAUAUAAAAAGUUUAAAAACAUGUUUUAAAAGCCAGGGCAAAUGAAAAAUGUAUACAUAGAACAGUUGUCUCAUUAGCAAUUUUUGUGUUUCUUUAUUGUCUCAUUGGUAUUUCAUUGACCCAAUGGAUAUUUGCAUUCACAUUGUCAUGUAUGGCUAUAUUUUGUUGUGUAAUGGGUUUAAUUGCGUCAAAACAUUUUCCCCUGAAUUGAUCAUUAAGUUAGAUCGAAAUUUCAAUCUUUGCUAUUGACCUUAAUACUAAUAGUAUAAAUGAAUCUAAAAUUUUGUGAUGCCUCCAAGGCCAAUAGCUCGGAAAAUAUAUGUAUGCAUUUUAUAUGUCGUAUCCAAGCAUGGCAUGCAAUUAGCAUUUUUCACAAGGACCAAUAUCUGUAUUUUUUCGGGGUACUGUUUUCCCUCGUCGUGCUUAUACAUCUCGGAAUUGGGAGAGGCAGUUCUCGAAUCUCCACGAACAUGUUGAGGAACAAGAAUGAAUAUCCAUAACAUAUCACAACAAUGUAACAUGCACAUACAUAUAUAAUUUAAUAUCUCAAAACUUCAUGCUGAGCUUUUCAAUAUUUAUAUAUUGACUCGCAUAUAUAAGGAUAAAUAUUGUAAAAAAGCUUUUUGAAUUAGUUGGCUCGUUAGCGCUUAGUCUGCGGACGCGAACUGUCUCUCGACCACAGAGGCACUCGUGCUGAUCAACUUAAGGUGGCUCCCUACAGUUUUCACUUUAAAGCCGACCCUGUAAUUUGGGUUUUAAGCCAGUUUUUAACUUCAAACUUAUAUCGAAACUUGGAUAUUUCGUUGUUUCCUGAGCAUUCACACUUUUUGAGUUUUGAACGCAAAAGAAAAUUUUACGAUGCGGUAUCUAAGUGGAGGACAGUCUUCACAUAUCACUGGGCGCCACCUUUAAAACCAAAAUCAAUUUUCCUCAUUGCUAGCUAAUGAGUAAAGCAAAUUGCUCGCAUACCCCUUCCAGAGUAGAUGUUAAUUGCCUUGUUUUCUUUGACUUUGUUUUUGUAAAUAUUUUUACAAAUUAAUUUACAUACAAUUUGGAACAGCCAGCUUACAUCUGUUCAAGAGCAUGUGAAUUUUAGCGUAAACAUUAAAAAAAUAAUUUUCUGGCCCUUAUCUCUUACUAUUUGAGUAAGAUAUCUUUGUUUUGGUCUUUCUAACUUCUUGACGGAGAUAUCAUAAAAAUACUUGGACGUUUUGACGUUCAAAGGACCUUUAUUCGAAACGUCAAAGUUUCAUUCACCCAUUUCACGUAUGCGAUAAAAACGAAUACAGUUUACCAUUGAAUGCUACCUACUGUGGACCACCACAUUUGAGAUACUUUUUUAGCAGUUAUAGCGAGGUAUAUCUGCAAAAUUUGUGUGGCAAGCAUAGCUAAACAUUUUCCAGUUUUUGUACUCAUGUAAAAAUCAUGAAAGUUUUAUUUCAAUUUACAAAACAUCCCACAAUUUCAGUGCAUAAAAACAUGUUUAUCAUUUCGACAACCAAAUGAUCAAAUUAUGAAGGCAGGACGGGCGUACCUAAUUUUUUGAGAUUUUUAUCACUACUGCACGUUGCAUCUAGGCAAUGGGGGGUAUGCCAGUCCGGAAAUCACUGGGACCUCCAGGAAAAUUUUAAGGAUGCAUGACGCCUUUCAGAUUAACUGAAAGUACAACCAUGGCUGCCGCCCACUCAUGACAAGAAUUUUUUAACCGAAUCUGGGUUUUUCCCUAGAAAAAUAGAAAAUAGUCUACAAGUGAAUGAUCAAUUUGAUCGUUUUAUCGCACAAUUCUUUGAAAAACACUCGAAUAUUUCAUUUACAUUAUGAAAUAUACACAGUAAAACCAAAAUAGUUCGUUUGUUUAAUACAAAUUUUCCCCAACAAAUCGGUUAUCACUUCACAUUUUUACUGUUUAUCACUGCCCACUUUCACUUUAUCACUGCACAAAUUCCGUCCACACAGAAAUUAGGCAUGAGUCUGACCAAUUAGAACGCUACAAGUUUGUUCUAAUUAAGUAUACAGUAACAAACGUUCGAGUGGUGUAUAAAGUUUAGUUCGGGGAUUUUAUACUGAUUUUAGUUUGCAAAAUCUCUUGCAUAUUGACUCGUAGCAAACAUUUUCUUAUAAUGAAAGUUCUGAAUGAAAAACUGGAGUUCAUUAUUAUCUGUUGUCAGGUGAUAAAUUAAUGGCAAAAAAUCGCCAUUUUCACAUUUCAAAGUCCUUUCAUUGUUGAUUAAGAAAAAUAUGUUAAUUUUUGUCUUACAUGCACAUAAAUUUUGUCUGCAAACAUAAUUUGUGAAGAAAAUCGGCUCGUCUCAUGUCGCAGGUUAAUGGACUUCGAUUGAUUAGUGAUGUAUUUUUGAAUUUUCAGUGUUUGUAUUUGGGUCAAUUUAAAUUCUGCACUUAUAGCUGGGCGGUGUGCGCAUCUGACUGCCCCUCCUAAUUUCAUGUAAAGUUGUUUGUAUAAAAAUUAAUUAAAUAUGAAACCAUUCUGAAACCUAAACAAAAUAAAACAUCAAGGGGCCAUGACACCAAUUUGCUUUAACGAACUAAUUAACAGAGUUGUUUUUUGUUUAAAUUUUGUGAAUAUGCUAUACGUGAAUUGGUUUUCUGUAGAACAAUUUGCGUAUUCUGGGAUUUCUGUCUCAUUUUUUUCACAACUUUAAUGAAAUCAAAGACUUGAAAUUUUCAAUAUCCUUCGUGGAUUUUGAUAUAGAGCAAUCGCAGUUUACCGAAAAUGAAUUUAUACAUGGAUGUGAAAGCUGUUUUCAAUUUUUAUUUCACUUUAAUUUUCACUUUAUAAAUUUAUGAAGCAAACCUUGAGCCAAUAUUAUAUCCUCGCCAAAAUUUCGCCUCAGUACAGACAGUAUACUAUAACGUUUUUCAAAGUGCUUUUAAUAUCAGCGUAGCACACAAUAGUGCCGAGUUGAAAUUCGAUGUUAAUUUAUCUCAAACGUGUCCGAACUUGCAAUUUGAAGAACCUAUAAUUAUUCAUACUUUAUUGCUGUUAAAGUACUUGUGGAUCCGCGUAUACUAUAGAGAAUGUAAAUAUUUACGAAAUAGUGUUUGCGGUGAACAUAAGAUUUUGAAGUGUUUUGGAAAUAUUUUUUGUCGAAGAUUCUUUGGUUUGGAAAAAAAAUAUAAACACUCAGUCUGUUGAUAUAAACACUUAAUUAUAGUAUGCAUAUAAUUGUGACAAGUUACGAAAUUUACGAAACGUUUACAGUCUCUAAGUCUGCCUCUCAAGAGGGUUUUUAUUUGAGAGUUAUAAAGCCUAAAGGGAAAAGAUGUUUCUAUUUUAUAGCUCUCAAAUAAAAACUUCCUUUCCUUCUAUAAUUACUCACAAAUAAAACUCCCUUUGUUUGAUCAAGUCUAAGUCUCUUUUUAAAUUUAGUUAUAAAUGGAACAAUCAUAAAUACCAUUUGAAGUUUUUUUGCAGAGGAAAUGCGUCAUCUUUUCUUUGUAUUCAAUCCUUUUUCAUGCAUGGUUCGUAUUCUAACAAGUCUUGAUGAUAAUUGAAAUGGAAUAAUCAUCCAAGAUAGAAAACAUGAUGAAAUGUGAAAAUUCUUCUUUGUUUUUUUUAUGCAUCAAUAAUGUUUAGAGCCAGAAGUCAUAAAAUAGAUUAUUAAGUUGUUUUCUACCCAAAACGUUUCGAGGUAAAUUGAGCUGUAUGCUGUUUUUACUAACUUUAAUAGAUGAUUCCCCUUAUUACGUUUUCGUAGCGCUUUGCAUUGUGGUUAUAGUGGUAUCACUGAUAAAGAUAGCGGCCUCGAAUGAAAAUAUUGAAUGUUUUCGCGAAUAUUUUGCUGUUGGCUAUCGUGCACCUGACCCUAGCUUUUUUAAAAGUUCUUGCACGGGUCAGGACAAAAAAUAAACCAUCUUGAAUAUCAGUGAUACCACUAUAACCACAAUGCAAAGCGCUACGAAAACGUAAUAAGGGGAAUCAUCUAUUUAAAACUAAAUCAAAUGCUACUCUUUGGACUUCCAUGAGUACCUUUCCACGAAAAGUAGCAUGCAGCAGCUGUAUCAAGAUUUUAAGUUGCUUCCUACAGUCAGCCAUAAAGGGCUUCAUACAUAUAUAUGAAAUUUAUGCUGAAAAUCUAACGAACGUUCGUGAUGAAAUAAAUAAAAAUAUAUUUAUUGGGGUAACUGCAUGUACUGUGUGCCCACGGAGUUUUGAGAUAUUACAGAUAUUAAUAAAAUAAGUGCCUGCAUGAUAUAUCUUCCAGUUGGUAGAAUCUUCUACACUACACAUUGUCGUGACGUGUUUAUUUUCAUUAACUUUGAAACUGCAGGCCAGUCGUGCAUUUGUCAUACUCAACACUGUCAAUCUACCCAGGUCUCCAAAUGAGGUUGUAAUUACACACAAAUUUGAUUUUAAAUAGGGGUGAAAUUUAAUUACUCCGGAGCUAUAAAUAUUAGAUGCUCUGAUUGUGUCUUUGUGCCAUUCACAGCGGAGUUCUGUAUCUUCGCUGUUUUCACAGCACGAAAGUGAUUAUACAGAAUAUUAAUAUAGCAGUAAUAAUCGUUUUGAUGAUAUAACAUUCGAUGUUUGAUUAUAUAACUGAAUACUGUUAUGCAAAAUUAAACACAACGUGAAAUGAUAUGUCAAAGAACAAACGAUAAAAACAACAGGAAUGUAUUGACACGAAAUAUUGUGUUUUCUGACAAAAAAAUCUGUUCCCAAAACUUCCAGUGUACUUUCUUCAUUUCGCAUCCAAAAGGAGUGAAUUUUAGGGACCUAAAUGUUACUUAUAAUGAAAUUGUACUUUCGCCCUAAAAGACCAAACAUGAUCCCAGCAAACAUGCAUGCAGAAAUGUGGAACAACAUUGUUAUCAUGGAUGUUGAGCAAAACAAGCAUAUGUAACAGGAAAUUCCUUGUAACAAGAAAUCCACAAUAUUCUAAACGAUGGUUAAUAUGCCACAGGUAACAGAAAUGCUACAAUUCAAUCUCUCAAGUGAUUUGUGCAAACGACAUGCCUGUGAGAUAGCUGGAAUACUCUUUGUUAUUCCACUUAAUUAAAGGAGUUUGAUUAGUUUUGUACAGUAUUGAGUGCCCUGUCAUGGUGUUUCCUUGAGUUGUGACAGGCGUGAUAAAAUUAAAUAAUGAAACACGGUAUCCCAAAUUUUGCUAAUGAAAUGACAAUCUUGGUCAUAACUGGCUGACUACCGUUAAUUCUUUGUACAAAAUUCGAUCAAUUCCAUCUAAAAUCAUGUUGAACUUGUGUCAUGGUAAAUUACCAAAAGUUGGUCUGGGGAUAUUCACCAUAUUGCGCUGGGAGAGAGGGGGUCACGAAGUUUGUUUUGUAAAUUUAACUUUGCAACAAUACGAGGAAUAGUCCCAUUGUAGAAGAUAUAGUAGCAUGACGUGACUAAGUCUACGUUUACACACAUACAUGUAUUAAUCUUCAUAUUUUUUCAUUUAUCUUCAUUUGUUUGAUUUUAGUAAAGAUAUUCGUAUUGUGAUUGUUGAUGAUGAAGAUUAUGAAAAGAAGGAAACAUUUCAAGUGUAUCUUGGCCAACCAUAUGUCGUGACAGCUGAUGGAGAAGAACCCCCUCCCUCGCCAGGGGGGAACACCCCUGAGGAAGAGAGGAUAAGAGAACUGGGGAAACCAAGACUUGGUAAGUAAAUUAUGGUCCCCCUCCCUUGAUGGAUAAGAACUCUCCACCCCCGGCACGGGGAACGCCCAUAGGGAAGAGAUUAUAAGAGAGCAGGGGAAACCAAGAUUGGGUAAGCUGCUGUGGGACAGGUAUCCUCUGAUAGGCAGAUCUCCCUCCCCCUGUGGGGAUUGGGGAACAGCCUUGAGCUAGUGAACUGGGGAUAUCAAGAUUGGGUAAGUUGGUGGGGCAGGUCUACCCUUCGUAACAAUUAGUUUUAUUCAAGGGACUAUAGAUGGUAAAAUAAAGGUUGCUUAACUUGACUUGGUAAUGAACUCACUGACCUUGCGUAAUGCCUAGUUUUUAAAAACUAAAUACUUUGAACCAUAUUUUUACAUUUUCUGACUAAGUGACUUCGUUUAUGCCUAGCUCUGUCAGUUCUAAACUCUUCUCUCAGUGAUCCAAUAAGGGUCAUCCGUUAUUUAAGUAAGCACUACAGGGGAAUAUGUGUCGAUCGACUUUAGAAAUGUUGACACUCAUAGGUCGAAGAAAAUCAAACUACAUCGAGACAUGCACAACGGAAAUCUAUUAUAUAUAAAUCAAUAUACAUCGUUAGGGUUGAGGUAGGGUUGUCUGCAUAUAUCGAGAAAAUCCCACACAUGAUUGGUCUUUGUACACAUGUGGAUGGGUUUUUGUAGAUGGAAAUUUCGAGCCGAAGAUUACAUACAAUUUUAGACCUAACCAGGAGCUGUUGUGAAAAAUGCAACUGUAUAGUACCUCUGGCAGGAAUCAAAUUUGCGGCCCUGCGAUUCCGUAGCAGCGCUCCAACCAACUGAGCUACAGAGGCCAGUUGCUGAGCAUUAACCACAAAUUCAUGUCAAUUUGCGUUCGAAAAUUCCAUAUACAAAAACCUAUAUACUAUUAGUUCUAUCGGAGGAGAUGCCCCAAAAUCUCGAUAUUUGAACACAUGCAGAAGGAUCAUUCUCCACGGACAGAGGAUAAAAAUAUCUGAUCUUGACUUAGUUCUUAUUUACAUGGCUUCUCUAACAGUUUAUAAAUCAUUAAAUCAUAUGUCUUGUGAUCCUUUCGAUUAAUAUUUUCAAUUAAUGAAUCAUGAGAGAAAUACUAGAAAUAAUGGAUAUAGUGUAAUUUUGCCAAGAGUAAAAUUAGUCUCGGUUAAGAAAGGUUUCUUCUACCAGGGAGCGUCAACUUUUAAUAGUUUCCCUCUGCCAGUUUGACGGAAGAACACAUUUUCAUCUUUCCGAUCGGCAUUGAGGCAAUUUUUGGAACUAUAGUUCUUAUGAACAUAUUAUAGAACAUACUAUUAAAUUAAUUAUUAGGGACCGGUCAUUAUUUAUGGUGGGGGGUGGCACCGAAGAGAAAUGUUUUCCGUGUCAAAAAUUUUGCUGACCCAACCAUUAAAAAGACAAAAAUUUGAUUACCCAACCUCAAAUAUCAUUUAAAAAAUAACUACCCACCCCUGGCCAAAAACUUUACAAAAGGAUACCAUUCAGUUGUCACACAUGUCCUUCAUCACUUCAGUGACAUGAGUUUGAUAACGGCUUGUGAAAUGUUCUGCAGUCUGAAGUUUCAUGUUGUCCGCACAUGUACUUUCUUUGGAAACACAAUUUGUUUUGUCAAAAUGAUCAAGAUAGUGACUCUGAUUGAUUCACAUAUUGUAUUGACAAAUAACUGUUGACAUUGCUUUUCAGUUUCCAAUAUUUCAGUGGGUCAUACUUUGGAAAUGACAAUAAAUUUUUAUUACUCAACUCUUGAGUUGUUUUGUUUUUCAUUUACCCAACUUUAUACUUUCUCAAAUUUUGUUUACCCAACCCUUUUCUCUUCGGUGCCACCCCCCGCCAUAAAUAAUGACCGGUCCCUUAGUUAAGUAUUACUAGAUACAGGACCCUAUAGCAGUGUACUUUUCACUGAAAUGAUUUAUGUAAAUACUGUUUAAAUAAAUUCUCUAAGUCUAAGCACCUAGGCUGGUUUCACAAUUUUUCUUCACAAAUAGCCUGUGAACAGGCUCAAGAGAGUUCAAAGAGAGCCUGUUCGCAGACUACUUCACAAAACACUUUAUGCUUUUUAAAGGCGACGUCAAAAUGAUCGAAGUCUCAAUCAUUGAAAGCAAGGAAUUCAAGAACACGGUCGACCGUCUUCUUGCCAAAGCCAAUCUUGCUUUGGUCGUCGGAACAUCUUCGUGGCGCGAGCAGUUCUCCGAUGCCUUUACGGUUGGUGGCGACGACGACGACGCUGACGACGAUACUGGCGAGCCGUCCCCACCGACAUACGGGGAUUAUCUGAUGCAUUAUUUGACCUUAUUCUGGAAGGUUCUUUUUGCGACCGUUCCCCCGACAGAUAUCUGGAGUGGCUGGGCGUGUUUCGUCGUGUCCAUUAUUUGGAUUGGUAUUCUGACCAUGUUCAUUGGUGAUUUGGCGUCACAUUUUGGUUGUACCGUUGGACUGUCAGAUAGCGUGGUCGCUAUCUCGUUCGUGGCAUUGGGAACUAGCGUUCCAGGUAAGUACUGACCGCUAAAAGCCCGGAGGCCUGUCAUCCAAAUUGAGAUGAGUUCCUAAUUUCAAUUGGUAUUGAUUUUGGUGUUUGGUUUAGGGAUAACAAAAUUGUAGUCAUGAUCAUGACCUCGUGUACCAUGACUGUGAAUUAAAUUCGCUCGAUUAAAUGGCCUAAGAUAAGAUGGGCCUAAAUUGUGGAAUGCUUUGAACAUUAGAAAAGAGUUUUGUUUCAUUCGUCUGUCUUCUCGUGCCGGCCAACUUAAGUUGUUCAAAAUUUGGCAUUUGGGAAUCGCGUAUUUCAUAGUUUCAUAGGUGCUCCUAGUAAUUAUUCGAGCUGCUCCAUUUUGUAAUUUUUGUAGCUUAUCCCGUUUUCUGCAAUUAUCCCACACAGAACUACAGUGAUCAAACUGGGGGAGAAUGAUAGACGAGUAUAUGUCAACUACGACAACGUAUCGUGUUGUGUGCUUGAUUUACACAGUAAACUCGAGUUGUAAGUAGUUGCAUGCGACAGUUUUAGGCAAAAGUUGUGUAGUGUAAAUCAACCUUAAAUUCCUUAAUGAUACUUUCAUUUUCCCCCAAUAAAUAUUUUGUAAAUAUUGAAACCAGUACAGCUCAGUGGUCGGAGCCCAUUUCCUUGGUCUGUUUUUGGCCUAGUCUGUUAUUAUUUGUUAUUGUAUUGCCCAAUUAUAACUUUGUUUGUCUGUUUUUCGAGUUUGAAUACCUCACAGGCAUUCGUUGCGGAUGUCAAUAACUUGACAUCCGGUGUCGUAAUCUCUUAAUAAAAGCCUAAUGAUCACCCUAACCCCCGCAACCAUAGAUAUCUUAUAAACGGACUCUCGUGAAUUAGUCAAACCGCUGUUUUUCACCAACAACCCUUUCAAAUUCUUUUUUCCCUUUCCAGAUACAUUUGCGAGCAAGGUUGCAGCCGUCCAGGACGAAUACGCCGACUCGUCGAUUGGUAACGUGACGGGAAGUAAUUCAGUGAACGUCUUCUUGGGCGUUGGCUUGGCGUGGUCCCUUGCCGCCAUAGUUCAUGCGAUUCGCGGUACAGAGUUCACAGUAGCAGCAGGCUCCCUGGGCUUCUCCGUGGUUAUAUUCUGUAUCUUCGCUAUCACUGCAAUAUUUGUGCUUAUGCUGCGUCGCCACCCAGCUGUGGGUGGAGUUCUUGGCGGUCCUAUGAAAUAUAAACUACCUACGACCAUGUUUCUUGUGUUCCUAUGGAUGAUGUAUAUUGUAUUAUCCUCGCUUGAAGCUUAUUGCCACUUCGAAAGCUUUUAAGCUCGCGAAAUUUUACGUUAUGAAUUGUUUUCGCAACAACCGUUGUUUUUGCAACCAAAUUUUUGCUAUAUUGAUCUCGUGCUGUUAAAUCCGUUGUCAUAAUGCAUUGUUGAUUUCAAAUUGUUGAUACAGUUGACUUCUGAACAGCCACGUUAUUACGGACACAAAUAUUAAACUGAUUAUUAUUGCACGCACUGACGAUUCGUCAUCGGAAUUGUAAAGGUAUUGGACUUUCUGGAACUGGUUUUUAACUGACGGUGUUUUAGUGUGGACUGGAGUGUGAAUGAGUGGUGGGCAGGAAAAGAGUGGAUGGAACUGUAAGCUGGAUUCUGAUACUGGACUCUGGAACUGAAAUCCAGCAUCACUGAAGUACGAUCACUCGUGUGUGGAGCAAAAUAAUUCGCGCAGUUUGAAUGUGUUGGGAAUUUUGUUGAAUGUGGAGGGAUGUUUAAGAUAAGCUAAAACUAAACCAGGAAAAUAUUUCCAAAUAUACCGAAAAGAAGGUAUGGAAAACCGACGUAAAAACACCGACCAACCUGUGUGCAAACUUUGUAAUCUGUAUAUUAUAAAACGAAUGAUAGAAAGCGAUAGUCUUUGGAAAUACAGUGGGAUAUAUUAUGGGCCGUUCACACUUAGCACAUUUUGAGAUCGAUCUUCAUUACAGCGAUCUCAAACCGAUCCAGGCCGGUUCCUUGGACUUCUUGUGGAGUGUCCAUAUUUCGACAGAAACUUGAAUGAAUUAACCGAAUUAACUGCUGUUGAUAAGCGGGGAUUCAGCGUGAACCGAUCCGAGACCACCUCUCGAGGUGGUCGUGUUUACAUCGAUCUCGAAUUGGUCUCAGCUCGUUUUCGAUCUGAAUCCGCUAGUGUGAACGUCCCGAUAGAUUUAUGUUUCGCUGUUCAAGUUAAAAACUAGUGUUGCCAUCCAUAAAUAGCGAGACGUAAACCUAUAACCAUACAGUGCAUGUGGAAAGGGCGGAAAGCCGUCAUUCAAAAUUUGUAUAUUACGUUAAUCUCUAUUACUCAUGAAUGCUGAUUUUGGUACAAGUUGUUUGUAAAUUUGACGUCAUCUUUUUUGUCUUGAGUAUCUGAUUGUGGUAACCGGUAGCCUGCGAACAGGCUCUCGAGCUGCAGGCUAGGUAACCGGCAGACAACAACACAACUCGAAGCAAUCCAAUAUCAAAAUACAAAUUUUGGUUGCGUUUUCUUUUCCCGACACUGUGCUUCCAAAGACUAAAUAAUACAACAUUGUCUGUAAAUACAAUAAGCUUAAGGCAGGAAUACCUCAAGGAAUGGACAAAAAGUACAAAGAAACUGCAACUGAAAAGAUGUUAAUUAUUAAGUGUGGGAGAAAAAAUGUAAUGAACGUUGUGAACAUAUAUAUAGUGUAGCGGUCGUAGAUAUAUAUAUUACCAAAUUAUUAGUUGAUUUUAGGUCUGAUAGUCCAUCAAUUAAUUGAAUAGUCUUAUGUAGUUAGUUAUGAUUGUAAUCUCAAUGAAAUCAAAAUUCAAGUGGUGUAUUGUUUUUUUAUUGGGUGGGGUGUAAAACUAUCGUAGGGAGAGGGGUUGUCCCAUGUCCAUCUACUCCUUAGUGAGGUGGGUCACUCCUUAGGGGGGGGGGGUAAAAGUUUAAGGAUUAGUGUCGCAUGGUAUCGCGGGUUCAGUUUGUUGUUUAUAACUUACCCAAAAUCAAUAAAAAAGUAAAAAAUCCUUGCUUGCUACAUUUCCAAAGUAAGAAUCGGAUGAAAGAAGCAAGGAUUCCCAAAGGAUGGCUUAAAUAUACGACGGAUUACAAAAAACGUUGCCAGAUCUACUCGGCCCAUAAAUUUAGCCGCCAGCAGGAAUUUGAGCCCGCAAUGCUUAAACUAAAACAUAAUAUAAAGAUUUAAAAUUUGAGCCGCAGAAUUUUGUGAAAAUAAUUUCAUGGAAUAUUUAAUAUAGAAUGGUUAUUCAUCACACUAUCACUGAUUCAAUUCCUUGCACUAGUAGUCUACACACAAUCAAAUUUUACAAUCAAAGUAACUUUACAAAAUUUCAACUAGAUUAAGUUAUCUAUAACUAUGUAAGUUAUACGUCUUCGUGUGAUUGCGUUGCAAUAACGUAGUUCCAGUUACUAAGGUCUCGCUGUUCAUAUGUGUUGAUUUCCUCCACAGUUAAGAAGGGGUUCAAUUCAUCUUUGUGGCAAGUCGGUUCAAUUUAAGUCCGGUUCAUCGCUAAUUCCCUUCUUUAUUUUCAGUAAAAUUGUCGUCAGCCACUGAUCUAACCUUGAGAUGCUGUCGUAGUUUUUCACCUAAAAGCAAAAAAUAUGACAAUCUAACGCCUGCAUUCUAAAAGCUCACUCACACUCAAAGAGUGGAGGUUCAACCCGAGCUUCUCUUGAGUGUCAAUGCUGUUUUUGAAUAGCUGAAUGAUUAGUGUCGUACCCAUAGAUAUCUGAGAUAUCUAUGGUCGUACCUUUAAGGGACUGGUCAUAAUUUAUCAGGGGUGGGGAGGUGUAAUUCAAAAUUUUAAGGAAUGAUAUUUUGUGACCCUGCUUUGCCAUAACCCGGAAAAAUAAUGCCCCCCCCCCCCCCCCCCCCUCGUGUCAGUA